GGUGGGGCGGGGGCAAGUGUCAGUCAGGUCGGGAGCGCGACAAGGGACAGCGGGGACCCGGGCGGCUGACAGGGGGCCCGGGCCGCUGCCGUGUUGUCCGCUCAAGAUGGAGUUCCUCCUGGGGAACCCGUUCAGCACCCCUGUGGGACAGUGCCUCGAAAAGGCAACAGAUGGCUCCCUGCAGAGCGAGGACUGGACGUUGAACAUGGAGAUCUGCGACAUUAUCAAUGAGACAGAGGAAGGGCCCAAGGAUGCUAUUCGAGCCUUGAAGAAGCGACUCAACGGAAACCGGAACUACAGGGAGGUCAUGCUGGCAUUGACAGUGCUGGAGACGUGUGUGAAGAACUGUGGCCACCGCUUCCACAUUCUCGUGGCCAACCGGGAUUUCAUCGACAGCGUCCUGGUCAAAAUCAUCUCUCCGAAGAACAACCCUCCCACCAUUGUGCAGGACAAGGUGCUCGCUCUGAUCCAGGCGUGGGCUGAUGCCUUCCGAAGUAGCCCUGACCUCACCGGUGUGGUGCAUAUAUACGAGGAACUGAAAAGGAAAGGGGUCGAGUUUCCCAUGGCAGACUUGGACGCUCUGUCUCCCAUACACACACCACAGCGGAGCGUCCCCGAAGUGGAUCCAGCCGCAACCAUGCCCAGGUCCCAGUCGCAGCAGAGGACGAGCAGCAGCUCCUAUUCCUCGCCUCCUGCUCCCUACUCCGCUCCGCAGGCCCCGGCUCUGAGUGUGACUGGCCCCAUCACGGCCAAUUCAGAACAGAUUGCCAGGCUUCGGAGUGAACUGGACGUCGUUCGAGGCAACACGAAAGUCAUGUCGGAGAUGCUAACAGAAAUGGUCCCUGGGCAGGAGGAUUCGUCCGAUCUGGAAUUGCUACAGGAGCUGAACAGGACCUGCCGAGCCAUGCAACAGCGCAUCGUGGAACUCAUCUCCCGCGUGUCCAACGAGGAGGUCACUGAGGAACUGCUUCACGUCAACGAUGACCUCAACAACGUCUUCCUCCGCUAUGAGAGGUUCGAGCGAUACAGGUCAGGCCGAUCGGUGCAAAAUGCCAGUAAUGGAGUACUGAACGAGGUGACGGAAGACAACUUAAUCGACCUGGGCCCAGGGUCUCCAGCCGUGGUGAGCCCAAUGGUGGGGAACACGGCACCCCCAUCUUCUCUCUCCUCUCAGCUUGCAGGAUUAGACUUGGGGACAGAGAGCGUCAGCGGCACCCUCAGUUCACUCCAGCAGUGUAAUCCCCGUGAUGGCUUUGACAUGUUUGCCCAGACGAGAGGGAACUCCUUGGCUGAACAACGCAAGACGGUUACCUACGAGGAUCCCCAAGCUGUCGGAGGACUGGCUUCUGCACUGGACAGUCGGAAACAGAGCUCUGAAGUGGUAGGUUUUCCAGUCUGUUUUUCUACCUGGAGUCCUCUGGAGGGGAAGUCGGGCCCGGUAGGAAAGCAGAUGCCGGGCUGCGUGGGGGGGCAGGGCCCACUGGGGGAGACUGGCGGCGUGAGAGCACUCGACUGCCUCACUGAGGAGGUACAGUCAGCCUGCCCGUGGACCCAAGAGUGGACAGGCCCCGAGAGAUGGCAGUGUGCUCGGGCCUCCCUCCUAGGAGGCCUGGCCCCAGAGCCACCUUCUCUUCCGACCUUGGUGGCCCCUAGCUCUCAGGGCACAGGUUUCCGUAGCCAGAUGAGGUCUGUCAGCUGGUGCACUGCCCUGGGGCUGGGCAGCACUCUGAUGAAACACGGGUCCGUACAAGGAAGGGAGAAGCUCAUCUGAGCCACAUCCGGGCUGCUCGUCCGUCGUCAGCCUCGCGACGCAGUACAGCAGUACUAGCAGGCAGUGGAGGGCCAGCAUUUGGCUGGAGAUCUGGGCUGGGGGUGGGUGGGAGCAGCCGUGGGGUGGAGGCCAGGAGGGUGUUCUGGAAGGGGCAGAGCUAAAGGCAGAGGUGCUUUGAAGUGGAGGGUGGUGCUUGUUAGAGCCCCAGAUGGCAGCUGUGGAUUCUGAGGUUUCAGGUCAUUGCAAGAGAAAGGAUCUGUGUCUUAAUGCUUCUCAUGGGAUUGUCCCCUUUUUCACCCAAGGAAUGUGUGUGGCAGUGUGUGAAUGAGUGUCUGUUUGCAGGGAAGGAGAGGGGAGGGCGGAUAAGGGUCCUGGAACAGUGGAACCUCCUUUCAGGGUCCCCCAGCUGGGUUAGAGAGGAGCAGUGCUCAUCUGCCCACUGGAAAGAGAGGUUGGCUUCCAGAACAAGAGUUCCUGGCCUUCUGCUGUCCGUGUCCAAAUGGGCCCAGGCCGGCACCGGUUUCCAUGAGAAGGCUCACCUUGGGGAAGGGACUUGGCGCCUCUGUCCUGGCUCAGGCAACUUGGUAGCCGGCCUGUGUGGCCCUCUGCACUGGCCACUAGGGGGCACAGAAGAGCCAGCCCAACUGCCUUGGGUCUGGCUUUCCACACACCCCCACCCCUACCCCAGGACUGGGACUUCUAAAAUCUAUGCAGUGGUCAUGUCUCUGUUUCUCCCAUUACUUGGAAUGUCUCCUCCCAAACUCAGAGGGCAUCAGGAGGCCGGGCUGAGGGCCCACCAGCACCUCCCCUCCUUCCUGGCCCACCCCAACCUGGCGGCAGCCCCAUCCCUCCCCCUGGGCCCACCUGGUCUGCUCCCCGCUGUGUCGCCCAGGCUGGCCCCCAUCCACGCCCAGGGUGUGUCAUGCUGCACCUCUGUCCUUAUCAGUGUCCAGGCCUGGAUCCGUAUGUACAAGAGGUGGCCAGCUUCCUGCCCUUCACCCUUCAGGGUGUGUGGCUUGGCCCAUCUCCCCGUUUUUAGAGAUUUUGAUGACUCCAGCAUGAUGGUAGGCAGAUCGCUUUCAUGUGUACUGCUGCAUGGGGGGAAGCAGGGUUUGUGCGCCCUGUGUGUGUGUGUCUGGGUAUGUCUCUGUGUGCACACACACUGACCCUCGUGCGGCCUCCGGCCAAGAUUGCAGCUUCUCCUGUCCUGUGUCCUAAACUGUGCUGACCUGGAAGUGAAAACCGGGCCACAGGAGAGAAGGAGAACACAGGCAAGGGGAGAGAAUUGUAGCACCACACCACCAAACAGCCAGACCCAAAUCGUGACUUUUUACAUGUUUGUACCUGUUCAGAAAGGCCAAUACACCCAAAUUCAGCGUUCGAGUUAAGAGUUUGGAAAAAGAACGCACAGGUAACUGAGGAGGAGGAAAAAAGCAGAAA